AUGGCCGGAUCCGACCUCCCGUCCGCCGGCUCCGUCGGCGUCGGCGGCGCCUCGCCCCCGCCGCGGACCCCGCCGUCGGCGUCCAGGAAGCGCAGGCGCGGCGACGGCGGCGACGGCGGCGACGACGACGACGACGGGGCCUCGCCCUCGCCGCCGAGCCGCGCGACCCGGGCAGCGGUCGCGGCGCGGGCGACCGCGGUCAGCGCGGUGCGGACGGCGCGGCGCGCGGCCGCGGGCGCGUUGUGGGCGGGGCGGGGCCGCGUGCGCGGGCUCGGCGACGUGGGGCGGAUGCGGGAGGUGCUCCUCGCGGUGCGCGGCGCGCGCUACGCCAGCGUCCCCGACGACGACGACGACCACCCGUACCGGAAGGAAAGUUGGAGUUCGUACUUAUCCAGUUAUCCGCUGAAACAAGUUAGAACAGACCCUGUCGAGCAUCAAGCUUCUGUCCCUGAGUGGGAAAAUGGCCCAUCUGUGGAAUAUACUGAUGGUUACAAAGCUGCAACCUUACCAAAACUGGGCACGGUUGUCUAUCCACUAAACAUGGAUAUCUCAGCAACUAACAAGUCAGAGAAGAAGAGGAAAAAUUUGGUAGACAGGUGUAAGUGUUCUCGUCCUGGAUCUGAGGAAUGUGUACAAGUUCACGUAAAAAAGGCAAGGAGCUGGAUCAAGGAUCAGUUGGGUGAGGAAGCUUUCAAAAACUGUGGGCUAGAUGCAAUGGGUGAUCAAGUUGGAGAGCAAUGGACCGCAGUUUUCAAAAGGAAACUUGAAAAAAUUGACAAGAUGAUUCCUCAGAAUAAACAUCAGAAAUUCAUGGGGAUUGCCUUGAAAGAGCUCGGACAAAAGGAAAAAAAGAAUUUGGCGAAGUACUACUACAAUGUUUUUCUUCCCAGAAGAAUGGCAAGCUUGACCAGGGCAAAGCAUAAAAAGGACGAAGCUGUUGAUACAAGUGAUGAAAAGAGUGAUCAAGAGGAUGAGGAGAAUGAACGUCGUCCUCGAAAGAAGAGGAAAAAAAGCUUUGGAUCCUCUUCUACAAGGUCCAAGAAGUAGAAGAGUCGGAGGAAUUUGGUGAGUGGAGCAGCAGUUACGUUGCAGCGGAAGUAGAAUUAACAGUGUUGGUGCAGUGGGAGGAGAAUUAACAGUUUUGUUGCAGUAGAAGAAGAAUUAGGAAGCUUGAGAAAGCGGGUUUACGUGAUUAGAGUUUGCAGUGGAGUCAGAGACUGUUAUCCGGACCCAUGCUGUCGCAGAUCUCCAGCGGUCGUAUAAGUACGAGAUUCUUACCUUAGUUACUGGUGGUGGGCAUCCUGAGCAAGUUUCGCCGCCGCCAAGACAUUUGACGUAAACAUGUGUUCAUGAUUUUGCUUCAUUUUUUAUUUGUUGUUGCUGUAAUGUGCAUGGCACAAAAGGGAGAAGGGAAGUGAUAUAUGGAGAGUGGGCACAUAUGCAUGAAUUCUUUUGGUAUAUACUUGAAACUUAAAUUCUACAGGUGUGGGUUGUUCUGUUGGUCUUAUAGUUACGAAUCUACGAUUGUUUUGAGGAAUGUUGCAUAUAUGCUUGAGUUUGGAUCAUGAUAUGAUUCUCACAUAGGGCAUUGUUCAGUACUGCAGGCAUGGAUAUUAGUGAUUGUGGUGUGUUUAUUU